AGUGUGGCAGCCGGCGUUCCCCACCUUCUUUUUUUUCUUCUGGAUAGAAGAAAAACGGCUUUGAUAGUGUGGGGCAUAAGGGGGACCAUUUAUAUGGUGCGAGGCGCAGGCUGCCCAGAGAGGUGGUGGUGCCCUGUCACUGCAGACCUCCAGGGCAGGCUGGAUGGGGCUCUGAGCACCUGAUGGAGCUGCAGGUGUCCGUGUUCACUGCAGGAGAGGUGGAUCAGAAGGCCUUUAAGGGUCCCAUCCAGUUCAAUCUUAUGAUUCUGUGAUGUGUUAAAAUGACUCUACACAGUAAAAUGUAAGUACGUUUUUUUCCAGAUGAACACUGAAUGAGUUAUGACCAUAAUACAUAUUUAUGGGAGCAUGUGUUGUGUGAUUAACCAGUCUAUCAGCGUCUUGAAUGUGGUGGGAUGAAGUUUGCCCUUUCCCGCUCACAAAGGCGCGUGAAGUCUAUCCAGCAGCUUCUGCAUCUGUUGUGAGCUGCUGGAGACACAGCCAGCACUGUCCUUAACACAGCGCCAGGGACAGAGCUUUAGCAUUUCCCCUGGGAUGGGAUUUAGAAGAGGAGCGCUGGGCACUGAAAGAAGAUCAAAGGCUGUGUCGGAGCAGAGCACGGAAGUAUUCGAUGGAGACCAACAGAAGGAGGAGAGCCUUUGAAGAAAGACAGAAGCAAAAAGAAGAAAAAGAACAAAGAUUUAGAGAACAAGUCUUGCAACAAAGGAAAAUUAAAUUUUGGGAAACAACUGAGAAGUUCCAGCGUGCUCAUCUUCCUGCUUCCCAACACAAGCAGAUAGUCCAGACAAAAGCAGCUUUUCAGUUAGAGGAAGCUCUUGAACAAAUUAAAGGAUCAGUUUUAACAUCAGAAUUGUGCUUGCCAAGCAGAAACAAAACUACCUGCAGAACCACAGAUGACACUUCAUACUCCUCAGCAUCAAGGAAGGGUUUUUCACAUCAGGAGCAGAUUUCAGCAAUGGUUGGCUUGGACAAAACAAUCCAGGAGAGCAGCAGAACAAGUGUGGAUAAUAACCGACUUCUAUUCCAGAAAAAUCUGAAAGAAAUGCAGCAGCUGCUUGAAAAACAGCAUCUCAGCAACUUGGAGAAUUUUCAUAAGGAAGUCAAAAGGACAGACGAUUCAGAAAGCUUAUCAAGUCUUGACAGUCUUGAGGCUGGAGAACAAAAUGAAAAUUACACUCCACCAAGUGAAUCAUCUUUGACUACGAGUUGUGACUGUGCCCCAUAUAUUCCAGCAAAGUCACAGACUAGGAGUAAUGAUACGUUUUAUGCAGCUCAAAAUACUUCUAAAAACAUGCAUCUAAAUAAUUGUCAGAGAAAUUUAGAUUCCCAAAACAACCACAGUGAGUUACCUACUGAGGACCUUUUAGCUAAACGUAACAUUUUAACUCUUGCUGAACAUACAAACGAUACAGAAGGGGAAUCACCUGUUUCUCACAGAUCUGGAAAAAAAGUUGCAGAGUUCUCUAUUUCUGGCAAUCAAGAAAGCUCUGUAAAUAAAGCAUUUCCUUUUCUGCAAAAUAUAAAAGAAGAAAGGAACGAUUCAUCUUCUGGAGUUUGUAGCACUUUAGCAACCAAUCCUGUUUUCAGUUUUAGCAAAGCCUGGGCCAGCCCCGAUUCUAUUCCAGGAGAAAGAUUUCAGGAUAUGAUGCAAAAUCAGAGCUUUAAAAUGACCCCACAAAAAAGAAGUAAAUCUGUGCAAACCUCCACUGAACCUAUUGCAACAUCCAGAAUCUUACUUCCUAAUCAGAGGUGCUUCUCUGGCAUUUCCAGCCCAGCUGAUGUGGUGCCAAAGGACAGAAAUGUCAGCAUGGAUUUUUUUAAAAAAACUUUUGGAAAAGUGAUUGAAACAAAAGAAGAAAACAUUAAAUCUAUUGAUGAGAUUGACCAAGGUUCAUUUUUACUUCAGGAUGUACCAAAUGCCUCAGCUCUGUGCACUGUUAAGAAACAGAAUAACAAAGAGGAAGAAAAGGCUAAUGUGGUUGAAACUAUGUCAUUGGUGUCUGACACAGAGCUGGGUUUUGGCACUCCUGCACAGCACAACUCCCAGAAAAACAACAUUUAUGACAGAAAAAGAGCAAAACUAGUCAGAAGUAUCUUAAAGAAAGAAGCAAAAGCUGUGGUUAUGAACCACGGGAUCAUUUUUGGAACUCGGCCUGUGUUUUCUAUCAGAGACAGUUUAGAACUUGUAAAAAGUAAAAAGAAAAGUGCUGAAAAUACAAAAAACAGUAGAAAGCUAAAAUGGUGUGAUCAAAUUAGCCAGAUAACAGCAAAAAAUAAUGAAAGUUGCUAUGAGGACAGCACCAGUGAAAUAUCUUCUGCACAGCUUUACUGUGUUCAAACUGUAAGUAAUGCUCCUUAUGCUAAUUCAUGUAUGGGUGCUCACCCUUCAAACACUAUGGGCACAGAAAAUCAUCAUGAAAAUUUGCAUAUAUCAAAACCAAAUGUUAAUUCUGCAAAAUCAAAUAAAGAAUGCACCUCUCUGAAUAUGUUUAUGUCUACUGGAUCCUCUUUUCCUAAAAAAGUUUGGAUGGUAUCAAAACAUGAAGAAGGCAAAUCGCCAGAAUCUUGUAACAGUGAUGAUACUCACAGAGAGAAUCAACACAAAAAUAAGGCAAAAAUAAUCAGAAGACCAAGAUCUAUAAGAGACCAGUUAUGUUCUGUGCCCAGGAGCAGCAGAGGCCCUGGCACUGCAGUUCGACUGCAGUCAGCCACUGAAGGCCGUGUAGUUGAGAGGAGGAUGCUGGCACCUCAGCCACCAUCUGCACCUGCACCGGAGAACAAACAUGGCAAAACCAGAGCCAGCCCAGCUGCGAGACAGCCCCUGCCUUCUUCCUGUCCUCAAGCUACCUCUACAAAUGGGAACUCUUUAAAUCAAAGGCAAGCUUUGUUGGCAGAUCAAAUUUUAAAUAAAAGUACACCAGGAAGCUGUGAGAGCAUAACUUGUAGUUCUGAGGUGGCCACUGUGCUGUCCACACCUUUCCACAGCACGUCCUGUGAACCUCUGGCAAAACAUACUGGUUCUGUAAGCCGCGGGCCAACAACUGGCUGCCAGCACUGUUCUGUAACCUGCACUGAGCAAUGUGCUAACACAGAAAACAGACUGCAUCUUGAUCAUAUCCCAACAGCUGAGGAAACAACUGCAUGGAAAGGAGAGCGUAUUGCCUUCACUUCCAAGGAGCCUGCUGCUGGUAUCACUCAAUAUCAUAUGUCACAUUACAACAAUUCACAUCCAACUAAAUGCCAGCCUCGUAAAGCUCCUGUAUCCCGUAUUCCCACUGGGGACAGCAGUCAGAAGACUUGUUUCAAAGUUUCUUCUAGGAUGAACAAAUUGGGCUUUUUCCAGGCAAACAGUGUUGUUCCUGUUACAAAACAAAGGCAGAUUUUUAACAGCUUUGAAAACAAACACGGAGCUUUUACAAGACAGAGAAGGCAAAUUGUAAAUUCUAAAAGAUGGAAGCCUACUCAUCACACACAGAAUUUGUUAUGUACCACCCAGCUGCGUCCUGUUCAGUCUGCAUUUGAUCCAGCACAAAAUAUGAAUGACACCUAUAAGUCUGAGGAAGUUUCAGAAAGCACUGCUCAGUUUCUUACGGCAGAAAAACUAACAAGUACAGCAGUUGCAGAAGAUGAAAUCCUGGCAGCCCUGGGAAGCGUGCAACCAGCCAGACAGCCCCUAGUGCUUAACACGGCUCCACGUCUUGGCAUGAGUGCACUUUCAAUAGAAGAAGAGAAGAUUUUCCAGUCUCUUGAUCGUCUCAAUCAAAGGCUACAAAAUGUUCAAGAAGCCAUUACCAGAAAUCCAUCCGUCUCAGGAGUUUUAGAGAAAAUCACCCCUUUUUAGUCAGACUUGGAUGGCUGAUUUGUGACAAGGCUUUCUCCCACAAAUUCUUCAGCUACAUGACUGCAUGAAUAAAAUACAAACACUAAGAACUGCUCAGGCUGCCCAGUCUCUCCGAUGGAUCUUUAAGAGCCUUCUUUCCCAACAAGUGUGUAUGAGUACAGAAGUACUUCAGCAUUCAAACAGGUGUGCCUGCCUGUAGAUACAGAUGCAGUACUCAAGUACUGGUUUAGAACUAUUCUUGAUGAUGAGUGAGCUACUGCUGUGCAAGCUCCCAGCUGCAGAAAACAGGUAACUGAGAUUUUAUCUACUCUUAUGCUAUGAGAAGCAAUGGAAUUUUUCAGUUUUUUCUUCACUGGGAGGACCAUCUUCUUCAGCUCUUAAUUUCAGAGCAUCCAGAUAAAGAAUGGAUGCUCACUCAGUAAUUCAUAUGAAUAGCAUUAUGCCUUGUAAAGCCAGCAUUUAAAUCCAGAGGUUGGACAGUUGUUCACAUAUAAUUGAAAACAGACCACGUAAUAUCAUCAAAGGAGGUUUCUUGUUUUCUGUUUUUACAUUUGUAUUUCUCAUCAUUCUCCAUUUUUUAUAGAGUAUUUGGCAGUGUAUUUCCUCAUCCUUGGUGAAUACUGCAGUAACCUCAUAGCAGUACCAGAAUACAUCAGCUAGCAGCUGUGCAGGAAAUACUGUUUUCAAAAAGCUGCUCUGGGAUAUUGCAGCUUUAGUAUUUUAUCUGUAUAUUAUUUGGCACUGUAAAAUUAGGCACAGAAUAAAGAUGAAUGCAGUAAUUUAAAUUAUAAAUGUUAAUUGAUUGGUAAGCAUUUUAGGAUAAUUAAGUCUAUUUUACUUUGAACUGUAAUUUAAAGUAGCGUAUAUUAAAAGAAUGAAAAUACCUCAUAUUUUCAGCAUUUGUAUUGGUAGUAUAAAUUUACUGUACUUGUAAUUAAAGUAAAAGGAGAAAAAAAUUGCUACUAAGAUUAUGUGUAAACUAUUCUCCUAAUUUCCUGGUGUUCCUUUUUUAAGAUUUACUAAUAUAUUUUAUUACAGCUGUAAGUGAUAAAUUGUCAAAUUAUUUGUCAGUAAACAAUGCCUAAAGUUUCACCUUUGUUCUUUAUAUUGGCGGCAGCACUGCAAAUUGCUGAGUGCUAUCGGUGCCCAUGUUCAGUAGUUAUAUGUGAUGGCUCUCAAGCUGACUCUACCCUCAGCAUCGUAUUUCAGCAAAAGGGUUUUUUUUUCUGUUUUCUUCACGUGCUUUGUUACACGUUACACAAUCUCUGUGCUAGGAGAGUAACAAGCAACAAAAGUGGGGACAACGGGCUAAGAGCUGAGGGCUCAUUCCUGUUCUUAAGAUACAUAGAUGGAGCCAAGUAUGAAUAUAUCCUGCAUGAGGACUUACAGACUCUAAGAACACGUCUAGGUGACUUUCUGCAGAGCUUGGUCCUCUUGCAGUUAUCUUCGUAAGUGGUUAUUUUGGAGGGCAGUUCUGUUUUGGCAGUCUUGGACUGGUAGACUGUACAUUAGUCCCUUGAUUUUAAGUUUACUUGUAGUGUGACUAUUAACAUGUCAACGGAUUUGGCAUGUUUGGUGAUAAACUUGUCUGCAUCUCUGCUCAAACUGUUCCAUCAGUUCUAGAACACAGGCGUUUUGUUGAGUAACUAGCAUGUUACCUGAAUCUGUGAUGUUUGUUAAUUUUUAAGGAGCAGUAACUUUUUAACCUCCUCUCUUUUGCUCUACCUCUGCUGUUUCAGUGCAAAGUAAACAUUGCAAAAGCUAUAAAAAGUAUAUGCAGUGAACAGAAUCAGCCAACAGAUCUAAGCUGCUAAGCAACUGCAAGAAGCAACAAAAGUAAUUUACGGGUGCUCUGGAUUUAUAAUUCCCUAUCAGAUGUCUGAUUUUCCUUUUGUAUCUAUCCAGAAGGAACUGUGGGAUCUGGACUUGUUUCUAUCAGAAGAUCCCCAAAUGCUACUCAGUGUUAUUCCUAACCUUCAUUAAUAAGAGCUGUAUUUCAUUGGUGGGCACAGUACUGCAACCCUGCUGAUGGAAGGGGUAGGAACCAGAUGAUCUUUAAGAUCCCUUCCAACUGAAGCCAUUCUGUGAUUCCGUGGUACCAGUGCAACCAUGAAAACCUGCACUCAGAAGAACACAGGCAUUUCUCUGGAUAUAUUUCAUCUUCCCAAAAGAAGAUAAUCAAAUAAUAUUCGGUGAAAAUAUUUUUUUCAAACUUUAUAAUUCCCCAUGAUGACAAAAUCAUCACAUCAGUAUCUUUAAUUAGUGUUGCCAUUGCUUAGGAGGGAACUAGUCCAUAAAAUGGAGACAAGAACAACUAUGCCCUUCCUUACAACAGACAAUUUUUCAAACUACCUCCUAUUGAGUGAUGUCAGCCAAAAUUAAGUCUAGCUGCAUAUGUAGCAAAUAGCAACAGAAAUUUUACAACAAAUGUUUAUGGAAAAAUUGGUUUUACGUAAGCAACACUUUGAAGAAUGGAAUCCUGCUACCUUUCUCCUCUACCUGAGCAUUGCAGUGACUCAGGGGGGAAAAUUUGACAGGCAUGAAAGGGGAUGAAUUCAAUAUGGACCUUCUUAAGAUAAAUUGUAUUUAAACAUCAAAACUACUGAAAGUUGGUGUCCCCUUAUGGUUGCCAUUGUCAUUUGUCCUGUCCCUGUGGCCAGAAGGGGAAGCUGGAGCCCAUAUGCCUAAAGGGUUGUGAUGUGUGUUACUGCUUAUUGGGCCUUUAGUGCUCAAGGACAUGUCAAAUUCCCCACAGAAGACAUCUGUGUAUCCUCUAAGCAAACAAACAAAGGCCUUCUGAGUUUGACUGUAGAAUUGGUUUGCACUCUAAAAGCUAAGCCCUUACAUCUCUGUUUGUAUGCACUAUACCGCAACAUUCCAGUAUGGUGAGGAUUUAAUAUUUAAAUAGUGAGGGAAAGUUUCCCCACAGAGAUUAAGAAAGGGAAAGCAAAUAAUCCGAAUACCAGAGACCAUGGAUCAAAAACAACCCUGCUAGUCAGCAGGCCAGAAUGCCAGCUCAGCCAGGAUCCUUCUGCUGUUAAUCGGUUUAGGUGGCAAAAGCAGAGGCCAUGCGUCAGCUUCCUCUCUUAAUUACAGGGAAAGACUUGUCAAAACCAGGUGCCUCUAUUUUCCUAGGAAAAUCCUUUCAAGUAGGAUAGUUGAUUCAGGGUUACAGACUUCACCUCCAAGACGAUAGCUUUGUUUCUUAGACUGCUUUGAUUCCUUUGGCAAUAUUACAGUUUUUGUUUAGGUGUCUGAGCAGCAUGACUCUCAGCAUUAAGUCAGUGAGCUCAGAGGCAGCUGCUGGAUUCUGAGCACUUGGGAAGAGCCCACAAGUCCUUUUUGUUCGAUCAAUUGAUGAUUACCCUUCAGACCAACACUUAAGGCUUUCUUUACAUCGCACAGAAUUACUUUAAAAAGCAGACUACUUUACUGAUCAAGUAUGAAGAAAAAGUAAUUACGCUAAAAUCAAUGAGGCUGGCUUGCAUGUGAACAUUAAAAUUUGGGUACCUUAGAUUUCUUCCUAAAACUCUUCACUCUGACUGCUAUUUUCACUGCUUUAUAAAGAAAUUAGUCCAUAUUCUUUCUACAAACAAAUUUUGGCAUAAAAACAUAUUAAAAAGAACAGACCAAAAAUAUGUCUUUAAAACAAGCUUAAAUGGUCCCUCUCAAAAAAUAACCUAAAAAUCCUCAAGUACUAUCUUUUGCUCUGAGGUGAAGUAUACUUUAAGCAAAAGGCUGAAGUCCAACAAGUCACAUGAAGUGACUACAGGGGAGAUGAAGCUCAAAAUUAAUUGUCCGUUGCUAAGAAUGAACCUUAACAUUUCACAGGAAGCUUCUCUUUUUGGAAAUAAAUUUGCCACUUUACAGUCAGUUUCCCUCUAAUGGCAGUGACUGUGUUGAAAAGAAGUGUUUGGUAGCUGAGAAUUUGCUCUAUCAAAUAGCGUUUUUGUGCUCUUUGUAUCUGUUCUAGUUUCUAUGGAAAUAAAUAGGAGGCAUUGCUUUCAGAUCGACCUACACCCUGUACUACAAAUGCUACUGCCCAGGCACGCCUGGCUGUGACAAACCCUGAUACCCACCAGGGAUUUGUAGGGCACAAAAGCUCCUGGCCGAAGUCUCCUUCUGCUCCCCCUCCUACACAGCACCCUCCAAAGCCCGGAAGAGGAUGAGCUCCCUGUGUAUCUCCAGUGCCAUGAGGCAACUCGCCACUACCUGCAGACAUGCAGCCGGGUUCUGGAGUGGGAAGAGCACUUUAACAGGUGGGAAAGGCCUCUGGCUGCUGUAACUACACUCUGCUGGGACGAAGGGUACCUCAAAACUUUAGUUUGAGACUAAAAGUCACCAUUGGAAGCUGCAUUUACGUGACUGGUGCUGUUGAAGUCUGCAGAAAAAAAAAAAAGGAACGACAAUGUGCAUGAAGAGAUAUCAGCAAACUUCUGGGCAGGCUGGGUGCAGGGAGCAGCAUUGAAAACGUGGCCGUCGGUAUGUGGGAAUAAUUAGACCUCUGUCAUCUAACACACUGAAACACAUCAAUCUGCUCAAGCAAGUAGGCAAGAGGUUCCAUAUUCUGUAAUUGUACUCAUCAUAAUAUUCAUAAUAGAUUGGCUCAUAAUGAUUCCUGCUCUAACAUCAUUACUUUUAUACGAGAAUUCACCCAGCAUGAACAUGACUCCAUGUAACUAGAGAUGACUCCACAAUGCUUUUGGAACUGUAUUUCAAAUUGUAGCUGCAGGAUUCCUUCAAUAUUAAAAUAAAAUCCCAAGCCAGCAACAAUGGUGGCAGUGAUCCAGGUGACAGAAGUAACUGUGGGUGACAGAAAUCUACAUAUGAUCUCUCCAUAAUUGUAUAUAUUAAUUUUGUGUUUGUUCUGAAAAGGAAGGAAUUGUUCUGCUUUAAUAUUUAAUCUGCAUUCAAUAGUCAUGCUCUUUCAGGGUGGCAAGAUGAAGAAUAGAAAAGAGGAGAGGAGUGGAGAGAACGAGAGGAAGAGGGGGAAGGGUGAGGGAAGGAAGAAGAAGGGGGGCAAGAUUGCCUUUCCUCCAUUUUUCAGUGUCUGUUCAUAUUUAGUCUUUCCUACUGGUGUUGGAAUGAGAUGCUAGAAGAUGCAGAAUCUCCUUAAUGCCUUGCACAGUUAGAUAAAUAUGCCAACAGCAUGGACCAUUGUCUGUUAGUUGAUGGCCAUUGAAGAUCUGUGCCAUUAAGCAAAGUGAAAUGUAGGAAAAUAUUACGUCACAUUCAGCAAAGAGUUUUGGUCAAACAAAAAAUAAAUGAGAAAAUUUAAAAUUCUCUUCUUAUGUACAAGUCUAUUUCCACACUUCAAGAUAAGGUUUUGAAACUAAAUUUAACUUAAGCAGAUCAGCUGGAGGCUAUGUGGAAAUGUAUAGUUUCAGGUCCAUUUAAAUCUUUUGGUCGUGCUUUGUCAAUGGAAAUUAUUUCCCCUGCUGACUUCUCAGUUUAAAAGCAACAAUUUUUGCUGCCUUCUCAAGAGACCUGAGUUUCUGUUCUUGCUGUAGGCAGAGGGUUGGGCACUGGAGAACACAGCCUUCAGAGAUCAUAGGGUCGGUUUGCUGGAGUUAUUUUCCCAUAGUUAUUCACAUUGCACCACUGACCACAGUAUUUCUGGCCAGCCCAUGCCCACAGUCCCCUUUGGAGACUAGAGCUGUAAUUAGAUGCAUUGUACUGCUGUGGCAGUACCAGCAGUGCUCAGCAGCUGAGGCAGAACGGUGUGGUUUCAGGCAGCAGGUGUCUGGAGGGAAGGAUGGUACGCACACAGACCUUUCUCCAUAUUGCAGACAGAACCAGGCAGGCAGAUCCCAGGUUGCUCUGGCUGAACCUUUCCCUUCCUGGAGAAUGUUCUUGUAGCUUUAGUCCAAUCAGAAACAAAAGGUGGUUUGGCUGACCAGAAAGAUUGUAUGUUUAGGUUAAGCAUUUAACAGCCUGCAUUCAGUGAACAUGAAGAGUGACACUGGGAUUUCCUAGGCAACUUCUAACCCAGUAACCAUUAUUAAGUCUUUCUUCUUUCCCUUGAGUUGUUAGAAAGCUGGAUGAAAACGUGCACACAGUUAUGUCCUUCACACCUCUCAAAAUUGCUGCACCAUCUGGAGCCUGCGGUUAGGUCUCUCGCUGCUGGACUGAGCUUUCCAGAAGGGAUCUCCUAUCUGAAGCAGGGCCUGUGGGAUGGCACUGUCUUCACACACAAUAUGCUUUUGCAGGCACAACUAAACCUUCCAGUUCAGUGAUCUUAUUAUAAGUAUGUGGUGUUAUUUCCUAGAGAGAUGGAUGUGUAUAUGACAUGCAUAAAUAAAUUCUUAAUCCUCAGUAGCUAGCACUGCUUGUGACAGUGAGAGAGAUGAUAACUUUUUUUCCUCUUCUCUUUAGAUUCCAGUAUGUGGCAUGUGAUUAAUGCUUGCUUCUGUGCUGUUCUGCACAAAUACCCUGCUGGACGGGAGGGGGGGAUCUGUCUUCAUGUGAGGGGAUUUUGUAGACCAAAUAUGGCCCAAGCCUGUUUGAUAGCUCUCUCAUAAAUGAAACGAUGACAAUCCCCUUGUGACUAGGAAACAUUCCAGAGCCAGGGUGUAGGGUUACACAAUGGUACAGUGUCUUGCCCCUGAUUUAUAAUUUGAGAAGCAGAUUGCGUUCAGACAGAAUGCGGGUUGAACAAUGAAGUUUCUAGUCCUGAUCUCAUUAACAGAGAUUUAUACCAAGAGGCUAUUGUAUCUUGUUCUUGUGGUUUGCCAUGCCAGCAAGCAUUCAUAAAGUUAUUUAAAAAAAAAAAGAAAGCUUCUGUCACACAGUUGGAUCAGACAGUUCUCAGGAAAAUAUCUAGUCAAAUAUAAAGUGGUCCUAACCUGGCACUUACUGUGCUUACGUUCUGGACUUAAUAAGACUUGGUGUGAUUACUGGAUCAAAUGGAACACUCAAGCUCAUUCAAUUUAAAGAUUUGCAGAGACACAGCUUAAAAUACCUUUUCACAUAUUUAUAUUGCUCCACGGUUGAGUCACUCUAACAUGGCUUAUUAUUUGCAAAGAAUACAUAGCCACCAAAAGAAUUUUCUCCCUGUGCAGAAGACCCAUUACAGAUAAACUAACAGCAACACCUGAGAGCUGCCAUCCUGCCCGCAGUUCUCAGAGCCUCUGUGCUACAGGACACCAGCCUGGGGCCUGCACCAAGCUGACAUUCUGCAUGCAGAAGAAGAUGCCCGGCACGAUAAUUAGCGCACCAAUAUUGCUGCCAGGCAAUUUGGCCUAAGCACCAGCGGAAAGAAAGCAGAGAUCCUGCUGCUUGUGCUUCAACCCGGUCUGGCCAUGGGGCAGGCAGCAGCUCAGGGCCUGCGGCUGCUCGGCUCCUCGGCAGGGCUGUAAAGCACAAUGAGGGCCCACACUGCUCCUGGGGAUGAAAGCACAGUCUGGCUGGAGCUCAGAGCUCAGUCACAGUGAGUAGGUGCCACCCCGCUGACAGCACGGCUCUUUCGUCCUGCUGUGAAAUGCAGGCAGACUAUCGUUAGCAAGGCACGCGGCUUCCCAGCUCCACCUGCACAGCUCGCCGUGCUGCCGCGGGUAUAAAUAGCUGCGUGCUGCUGUCGGCCUGUCCUUCACAGCGCUGACACUCAGAGCUGAAGGGCGCUCCUCUGAGCCAUGUCCUCCCCGACAGCUGACACUCGUGGCAGACAUGCAGCCCCCAAAUUCUGUGGCCGAUUUACACACGUUGGACAGCUGAGAGCCGAUAAGCACAGAAAAAACAGCGGGUGAACCUUCAGAUGGCAGCCGGCUCCACAUCACAGCAAAGUGCUGCUCGCUGGCACCUCCUGCACAAGGAACGGGGCAGCCCACUGUGUGCAGAGGAACGCUGUGCUGCGCUGGGGUGGGGGGAGCUGAUGUUGGGAAUGCCGGCAGCUACAUGUGUGGUACAGGCAAUUGGUACUGUAAAAGGGUCCGACAGCUGAGCCUGCACAUGCCAAAUCAACAACAGAGAAUACUCUCACGUCCUACUGUAAGGACUAUGGCUGGAUCUCCCUUUUGGUCCCCUCUGCUUGACCUCCAACAACAGAUCAGAAAAAAUAGCACAGCAUCCUCACAAUAAAAUCUA